GACUGUGUUCGCUGCAACUUCUAGCAAACCUCCUCCACGUGGUAUGGUUGCUUAGAGACGCUGGAGGCUAAACCAAAAUGCAAGGCUGAACCAAAAUGCAAGCUGCCGAUGUCGUCGACGCUAGCUGGAGGCUGAACAAUGCAAGGAAAAUACAUGCAAAAAUAAAUCAAUCAAUUGACCGAGAGAAGGGCAAACUCACCGGCACCGGCGCGGAGCGGACAACAGGGGGCGCUACGGAAGAACAGCGACAGCAAGCUUCGCCGGAGAAGAAACCAGAUCUACCGGCCGCAGAGGAAAACCAGAAAUGGGGAAGAAAGUGUACAGCCGAUAUUUAAAUAUAAAAAUUUAAAACCCUAAUUAAACUUACUGCCUAGUUAAGACUCCCAAUUGAAUCUUUAUUGAAAAAUAAUAAUAGAUCCUAAUAAAUAUAAAUUACUAGUGAUAUUUACAUUUAAUUCUUAUAUAUUCAUAAUCAUAAUAAAAUCCUAAUAAAUAUAUUAUUUCCUUCCUUAUCUGCAUCAUUCUCCCCCAUUUGGUGAAAACUUGACCUCGAGUUUUGUAGUGUUGAAGCCAUACAAAUUUCAAGGCAACAAAAUAAUACAAUGCAGUGCUUUUGGUAACUUGACUUCGAUCUUCAAACCAAACAAAACAGACUACAAAGUAGGAUGUUUAGCAUCUAAUUCUUCUAAAAAAAUAAACUCAACAGGUUGAACAACUUGCAAGACAGAAAGAAACUCAAAAUUUGCAGUCCUUCCUCUUGGUUUGUAUGUUUGAAUGCCUCUUUCCGAUCAGAAUCCGUCAUGCUUGCAAUAAUUCUAGCAGAUGUUAGACAAAUGAUUGAGAAUUAAUAAUUGCUUCUAAAUGGGGCUUAGAAAUAUUGUGCAGUGAUUGAGAAAUUGAUUCUUUGUAGAUUUAGUCCUGUUUUGUUACUAUAGUUUGUACAGAACAGAAGGUAGUAGCUUAAAAACAGUACUAAAUAAUAAGCUCCACA